UUCCUAAAUCUUUGUCUAACUCACUUGGUGAUGGCAGCAGUACCGUCCAAGGACAAGGAAGAAUUUGUGCCUUGGGGACGUUUUUGACCCAAGCUGGUAGAGAUAAGCAUAGGGGGUCUUUCAUGCGGGUCCCCACAUCUGUACCCCAGAGUUCAGAGUGGGGAAGGAACCCUGACAUGAGCGGUUAAAAAACCAAAUUGCCUUGUUAAAAAAUGUGCUGAGCUCCGCACACCCUGCCCUGGACCGGAGAAAGGCUGGUGCUGGUCAAGACCGAACAAGCCCAUCCCUUCAGCAAAGGGUUCGGAAACGUCCUAACCCACUCGAGUCCUCCAAUGAACCCUCCAGCAGAACCAGGGCAGAUUUGACACUCCUAGAGCUGCUAAGGGAAAAAAGAAGCUACAUUUCUCCCAGCCUCUGUCUCUUGGGGUAGGUCUUCACCACAGUCAGGGUGUGUGACUGCAGCACAGAGACCCAUACCUGAGCUAACUUUGAUCUAGCUAGCAUGGAUACCAACAGCAGUGAAGCCGCAGCAGCUUGGACUUCAGCGUGGGCUGUACAAGCCCACCCGGGACCCUGGGUAUGUACUGAGGUGGCUAGCUAGCUACCUCCCCUUACACAGGUUUUUUUAAACACAGGCCUUAUACGUGCAGAACUCGGAGGUUUAACCCAACUCAGACAGCAACUGCCUGCCUGACCCAGCUCUCUGCCUGCCAGCCCAUCAGCCCAUCCUCUCUUACAGACAGCAGUCUAGUGUGAAUCCCUCCCGCUUCCCUCCACGGGAGCUGUAUCCCCCACAUCCCUAAAUACACUGAUUCUCUGGGCUGGCAAGCGUGACAGGUUAUCAUUGGAAAAGAAAACCCUAGUGCUCCAUUCCCCUCUCGCUCACGCUGAUUUUACAGCAGUGUCACCCCAUUGCAUCCAGCAGAGCAACUCCUGAUUUACACCCAGAGACCCCAGCCCCGUGUGGAACCCUUGGCUUGAGUCUGAACAUGACUGCGCUGUUUGCUGAGAGUCCGGCCGCGAGCAGGAGGGAAGGUAGGGAUCAGAGAUGCUGUUCCUUUAAGAAAUUCUAAAGCCAGCUCUGGAAGGUUCCUGUUAUUCCAUGGCUCUGGCACAGCAACCCUCUCCCCCCGCCCGCCCUGAGUCCCAGCUGUAUAAAUGAAGCUCUGGUGAGCUGGUGGGCGUCCCUCACUCUGUAGCCAGCAGCGCAGGAAGCAGCUCUGCUCUCCUACUGACGGGUACUGUGUGCAGUGCCGACGGGGGCAGCAUCCAUAACAAAGAUGCUCGUGGUUUGGCUGUUGCUGUCAGUGGGCCUGACCCGGGCGGCUCUGGGGAGCACGGCCCACCUCAGGAGGGCCAACGACAGGAACAGCAGAUGCAUCUACUCAUUCGUCGUCCCCAGCCCGAAUGAGGCCAGCUGUCCAGAACCAGGCCAGGAAACGUCAGCCAUGUGGGAACUCCAGAGGGAGAGCAAGGCACAGCGCUCGGAGCUGGAGUCGGCCAAGGCCAGGCUGAGCCUCCUGGAGAACUUGGUGACCCAGCUGCACGUGGCGCUGGGUGCAGGGGGCUCCUCUGCUUCCACCGUGGAGCUCCAGAGAGAGCUGGACAGGCUGAGGAUGGAAAGAGCUCAGCAGGAGUCUCAAGUCAGCAGGCUGGAGGCUGCCUACAGCACCCUUGGGCAGGAGAAGUCCUUCCUGGAAGAGGAGAAGAGGCGACUGGAGCAGGAAAAAGCUGAGCUGGGAAGGAGGCUGGAGAGCAGCACCCAGGAGAUAGCUCGGCUGAGGGCCAGCCAACGUCACCAGGUCAGCGAGGCACCCGCCCAGGACUCCCAACAAGGCUCCCAAGAAGUUUCCAAGUGGGAUCUGGAGAGUUUUGACUAUCAGGAGCUGAAAUCUGAGCUGACGGAGGUGCCCGCUUCCAGCGACUUCGAGGAGCACCCCUCCCCCAGCCACCCUGCCACUGGGGACACGGCCACCGGGUGCGGACAGCUGGUCUGGGUGGGGGAACCCGUGACCUUCCGCAGGGCUGAGACUAUCGCUGGCAAGUAUGGCGUGUGGAUGAGGGACCCAGAGCCUGUUCCCCCCUACACCCGCGAGACCACUUGGAGAGUUGAUGCCAUUGGCACUGACAUCCGCCAGGUCUUUGAAUAUGACGACUCUGAUCAGUUCAUGAAGGGCUAUCCCUCCAAGGUCCACAUCCUGCCCUGGUCCCUGGAGAGCACCGGAGCUGUCGUAUACAGGGGAUCCCUGUACUUCCAGCGGCGCAAGUCCAGAACGGUGGCCAAGUACGACCUGAAGACAGAAACGAUCACAGUACAAAAGGACAUCCCCAGUGCUGGCUACCAUGGCCAAUUCCCCUAUUCCUGGGGGGGGUACACAGACAUUGACCUAGCUGUCGAUGAGAUGGGGCUGUGGGUGACAUACAGCACAGACAAGGCCAAAGGGGCCAUCAUCCUCUCCAAAUUGGAUCCAGAGACCCUGGAGGUUGAGCAGACCUGGAAAACCAACAUCCGCAAGCAAGCUGUGGCCAACUCCUUUAUGAUCUGUGGCACCUUGUACACCAUCAGUAGCUACUCAGCCCCAGAUGCCACCGUCAACUUUUCCUACCACACGGCCACCAACACCAGCGAGCCGCUGAGCAUCCGCUUCGAGAACCGCUACGGGUACAGCAGCACGGUGGACUACAACCCCACAGAGAGAAAGCUCUUCGCUUGGGACAAUUUCAACAUGGUCACCUAUGACAUCAGACUCUCCAGGAUAUGAGGAGCCUCAGGGAGGGAGGAGGACAUGCCAUGCUCAUUGCUAACUAGCUGCUCGUGGGUUAGGGGCAAGUCUAGCCAGCUGUCAAUCUCAUACACUCACUCUUCCUAUUCUUCCUGAGCUUUCCUUGGACUCAGCCCUGAGCCCCUUACUCAGGCAGAGCGCUCACUGAGCUGGGCAAAGACUCCAGGCUUGGCCCUAGAUCAGAGGUUCCUAUUCUGAGAGCACUGGUGGGGCUUAAAUAACGAUAGAGUGGGAAUAACCUUGUGCCACUUGGGAACAUACAUGCAAUAGGUGUUACAGCCCUGUCGUCGCUCCCCUUGCCUCUCUCUGAAUUACACACGGGAUUAAUUUGGACAAUAUAGAAAAAAAAGAAACAAGUUGUUAAGGGUUAUGCAACAUUUGGAAUGUGUGGGCCAACUGCACAGGGAUAGAUCUAGAAUGACUAAACUUGCCUGCACCCUUGGCUAAAAGACACAGAUUCCAGCCAAGCAGACCAAACUGUUCACAGCAAGAGGCAGAUAAUAUUUUAGGGGAGGGAGGUGGCUGGGUACCACCUUCACGGAAUGGCUAAUAAAAACCCAGUGGCCAUCAGCAAACCAUAUUCCUGCCCAGCAUCAGCUGAGACAAGGGGAAUGUGCUGAGCAGUCAACACCGGGCAUUAGCCAAGGCAGCAUUGACAGGAGGAGAUUGUGCAAAGUUGUACCAUGCCCAGAUUCAGUAGGAGAACAUCAAGGCCUAAAGACCUAACUCCAACACCCAAAUAAGCCAAUGAAAAGACUCCAGCUGACUUCACUGGACUUCAGAAAUGUGCUGCAGGAGUUAAAAAUUACUAGAAAUCCCGGGUAGUGGGCGCCCUGCAAGAGAGCUUUCAGCUGCUGCGUAUAAACCCUUUCAUUGCCAGCCUCUCUCCUUGUAAGCACAGUGCACGCUUCAUCGGGACCAUGCUUCCCUUGGGAGCCAUCCAGCCACCUCUACAGAUUAUCAUGAGCCAGAGAAUGUGGGAGAAGACCGGAACUCACCCAGCUUGGUGUCUCUGCAGCGUAAGCAGCCUCUCUGCAGCUGCAAUUGACCAGUAGCUAAAGCAGGAGUCAAAGAUGGGCCCAAGCUGCAGAGAGGUGAGGUCCAAUGAUCCACACCUCACUUAAGCAUAGGGCUGUUCUGCUCUAGGGGCUUUGAGUCUGUUCAACGUCUCACACAGUUACACAAUAGCCAUUGAGCAUGCGGGGCUCCGGCCGAACUAGCCCCCUACCUGCAAGAAACAUGGCUGCUUCAGCUCCCCUUCCAUUAAAGACAAAAAUGAAGCAAGACUUGUUUAACACAAUUCUGUUAAGUCAUUAGACAUUAUAGCAAAAUAAAUGUAAGGAGGGUUGUUGUUCAUGAACAACGGGAUUCUAGAAUUUAAGGCAUGAUCUCAAAUCCACUGAAGUCAAUGGAAAGUCUCCCAUUGACUCCAGUGAGCAAUAGAACAGAUCUCUAUUUAUCCCAGACUAUGGUUAUUAACUCAGAAUGAGAAGCAUCAUCUAACUGUUCUUGCUGUUUCUAGCUUUCAAUCCAGACAACUCCACUGAUUACACUGUUACUUAGACACCCUUUGGGAUAGGCAUGGCAUUAGAUUAGGUAUGGCUAAGCAUACAGCUGUUUUUAAGAACACACACAUUUAGUGUAUAAAUCCUGUAGCUGGCUUGGUUUUUCUGUGUGUUUUCAAAGCCUAAUCCAUGCAGGUUGCAUUGAAGCCUCCUGGAUGAAAGCGAAGGUCUGAUGUGCUGAUGAUUACGUGGAAGUAAUCUGUGAUAAUAAUCGAUAAUAAACCCUCUCCCCCCACAACAAUCCACAGUGGCAGCUUCUUGUUUGCAGAUUUUUCAUUUCACUGCAACAUGCUGGA